AACUAGCAGCUGCAUUAUACAAACAGACACCGGACCACAUAAACAGCAGAACGGAGCCUGACUGAAGCAGCCAGGAGUGAAAACCCCAGAAGAGAGGCAUCAUAAAUCUGAGACAGACACAGAUACCAGACCCGAGGACAGUCUUGACAGUGUCAAGAGGUUUCAGCAACACUUUAAAGUGUUCUGAGACGCGACAACGAGUGGCACAUGAAAAGUGGUGGAGCCAAAGCUAAGAGCUAGGGAGUUUAAAAGAGACGAAGCAGACACAUGAAAGCUGAAAUACUUGACUCAACAGGCAGAGACUGAGAGAGCCAAACAUGGCCAAAAUCACAGCAGAAGACAUGCCACGGCUUUUCCCAAGAUUGUCGAUGAGUGAGGUGGAUGAGAAGGUGCGUCUGCAAGCAGAGAAGGUGUACGCCUCGGCCCUGAAAGAGGAAGACACCAAGGAUGCUCUGGCGCUGUUCAACGUGCCGGAGGACUGUCCCAUCGGUCUGCACGAGGACAGGGAGAGGGCGCUGCAGAAGGAGCUGGCAUCGCAGCAGUCUCAGGAGUCUGCUAAGAAGAAGAAGAGUUUCAGGCUGAAGCGUUCGCAGUCGGCAGCUCUACAGAUACAAGUCCCUGGUGACUGGGCCCUGUCUGUGGUUUCCCCACUGCUCAGCCCAACCGAAGAAGAACCUUUUCCCCCGGAGGACUUUCCAGACUUCCAGAGAGUAACCAUCAGUGGAGAUUACUGCGCAGGGAUCACAGUUGAAGAUUACGAGCAGGCAGCUCAAAGUCUCCUUAAGGCGCUGGUCAUCAGAGAGAAAUACUCCCGGCUGGCCUACCAUCACUUCCCUAGGACCACCGCCCGAUUCCUCAGCAACGCCAAAAAUGAGAAGUGGCGGGAGGAGGAUGAGGUCAUGCCAGACAUCUGGCCUUGCCCUCAUGAAGGGGAGGACCCGUACUCCAUGGAGGCGAUUCCUGAGAACCUGAACUACGAGCUGCAGAUGAAGGACGGUAUAGUUCAUGUUUAUGACAAUGCCGAGGCCCUGGAACAACAGCGGCCUCACAACCUCCCUUACCCCGACCUCGAGACCUUUGCCAUAGACCUGAGUCACGUCCUCGCAAUGAUAAUCGACGGCCCAACGAAAACCUACUGUCACAGACGGUUGAACUUCUUGUCCUCUAAGUUCUACCUCCAUGAAAUGAUGAAUGAAAUGGCCGAGCUAAAAGAGCUGAAAUGUGUUCCACACAGAGACUUCUACAAUGUCAGAAAGGUGGACACACAUAUACACGCUGCUGCUUGCAUGAACCAGAAGCAUCUGUUGAAAUUCAUAAAGACCUCUUACCAGACCGAGGCGGAUCGCGUCAUCUUGGAGAAGGGCGGUCAGAAGAUCAAGCUCAAGGAAGUCUUCAGCAACCUCAAGAUGGACCCCUACGACCUCACCGUGGACUCUCUGGACGUGCACGCUGGAAGACAAACAUUUCAUCGGUUUGACAAGUUCAACUCCAAAUACAACCCAGUGGGAGCCAGCGAACUGCGAGAGAUUUACUUGAAAACAGACAACUACAUCAAAGGAGAAUACUUCGCUCGUCUCAUCAAGGAAGUGGCCAAAGAGCUGGAGGAGAGUAAGUACCAGCACGCUGAGCCCCGUCUGUCGAUUUACGGCCGCUCUGCCAGCGAGUGGGAGAGCCUCGCAACCUGGUUCAUCCAGCAUAAAGUCCACUCGCCCAACAUGAGAUGGAUGAUCCAAAUUCCCAGGAUCUAUGACAUUUUCAAGUCAAAGAAAUUAAUACCGCACUACGCCAAGAUGCUGGAGAACAUCUUCCUCCCCCUCUUUGAGGCUACAGUCAAUCCGCAGAAACACAAAGCGACACACGUAUUCCUGAAAUACGUGACAGGAUUUGACAGCGUGGAUGACGAGUCCAAACACAGCGACCACAUGUUCUCUUACAAAAGCCCGAAGCCUGAGACGUGGACCACAGAUGACAACCCUCCCUACACCUACUACCUGUUCUACAUGUACGCCAACAUCAUGGUGCUCAACAACCUGCGCAAGGAGCGAGGACUAAACACCUUCCAGUUUCGUCCCCACUGUGGCGAGGCCGGCUCCAUCACCCACCUGGUCUCUGCCUUCCUCACGGCUGACAACAUCUCCCACGGACUCAACCUCAAGAAGAGUCCAGUGCUGCAGUACCUGUACUACCUGGCCCAGGUCCCGAUCGCCAUGUCCCCGCUGAGCAACAACAGCCUGUUCCUGCAGUACUCCAAGAACCCUCUACGAGAGUUCCUCCAGAAGGGCCUGUGUGUGUCGCUGUCCACUGACGACCCCCUGCAGUUCCACUACACCAAGGAGGCGUUGAUGGAGGAGUAUGCCAUUGCAGCCCAGCUGUGGAAGCUGAGCACCUGUGAUUUGUGUGAGAUAGCCAGAAACAGUGUGCUGCAGAGCGGACUCUCACAUCAGGAGAAGAAACACUUCAUUGGUUCCAACUACCUACAGGACGGACCCGAGGGCAACGACAUUCGGCGAACAAACGUGGCACAAAUCCGCAUGGCCUACCGCCAUGAGACGCUGUGCAACGAGCUCAGUUUCAUAGUGGACGCAGUGAAGACGGAUGUUGGCACUAACCCACCUGAGUGAUUUACCACGCCAGCAGAAGCUGUGCCUGAAUAUUACCUCGGGGAUAAAGAGGCAUGAUACGUUAGACGGCACAUCAUUUUUAUACAUAUUCUUAUAAAACUUUAUGACGCAGAUUUUAAGGGGGUUCUUACAAUUUUAUGUGGACCUCGGUGCAGAAAUGGUCCGUGGCCUCCUUGAUUUUUAGACUGUAUUCAACGCUGCAUCUAUUAACUUUGCCAUUCACUGUGUGUCUCAUUGUAUUGGGUUAUUUUCUUUUGAAGGGUGUGAAGUGCACUUGUGGAUUUGGAUAUAUGAACAAUUAUUAGCCUCAAAAGCUGAUUUAGAAUUGGCACAUUCAUUCAGAAGCAGAAAAUAAAAUGAUUUUUACUUUUAGUUCUUACAAUCGCAAAGUUGGCACUGCUUGCUCAAUGUUUUCUGUCACUUGCAUUUAUGCAUGUUACAAAGGCCUUUAUCUGAACUACGGGUUUGAAAUUAAAUGUAGAUUGAAUUAAAUGUGAAUUAAAUUCAGUCAACUGCAUGAUGCUGUCAGAAGCUUUGUUGUGAAAUCAGUAUCACAAACCCCUGUUAUGCUCACAACUGUGAAAAAAUGAUUAGAAUUAUUUUCUUUUUUUAUAUUUGUCAUUUCUAAUAGUUUUUCAUAUGUAAAUAAAGGCUGCAACACAGUC